GGUUCUGUGACAACAACAAUACGAGACUUUUCAUUUUCAUCAAUUUUCAUUUUGAGUUGAGUUUUUCCCACAUAUUUUUAGUGAGCAAAUGCAUAAUUAACGAAUCGCUGCCGUGGUUUUGAAGAUUAUUACAUGUUUUAGUCACUCUCGCAGCUCACCUUAAUAAAAAAAAAAUACCGAGUCAGUGUUGUAAAUAAGAUGUCAAAUGGUGAAUAUAGACAUGUGUGGCGAAUUGUAAUUAGAAAUCUCUUAAAUUCUUUGAAACCACGCCAAAUACAAGGCAACCAAAUGGGUCGAGAUUAUAUAGGAAAUAUUUACUAUGAAAUUCCUGCUGAUCCUAGUAGAGGUAAACGAAAGCCCUCUCGUUGGUAUGACCCUCCCAAGGGAUUAGAUUUUCAAGAUCCUCUGCCAGCUGAGUGGGAAUCAUGGUUACGAAUGAGAAGAAAGGAGCCUCCAACAGAAGAAGAAAUUGCUAAAAAUCUUGCUAUAGCACAAAUGAAGAAAGAAAAUGCUGCAAAAAUAGAAACUCAAAGGUUAGCAGAUGGAGGCUCUUUGCCAGCACCUCCAAAAAGAGGGCCACAGUCAUUUCCUACAUACCCUGAUUUUCAUGGUGGAGAUCCGACAAAUCAAUAUAAGAAAUAAAAAUAUGUACAGUGUUAAAAUAUUAGUUAUUAUUUUUAAAAUGUAGUUGUUGCAUAUUAUAAUUAGUAAAUUAUUUCAUAU